UUUCAUGCGCGGGUCGGGCCGGUCUGGACAAGGACGACGUGCGCAGUGUGAGAGAACAGGAGGGACAGAAACGCGUCCUGAGGAACACUCGUCGCUCGCGCCAGCACGCUGCAAGCAAGGAAGGGAAGGGAAGGGGAGGGGAGGCCACCGGUGGGACGCAAGAGAAGGGAAGCGCAGGCACGAAGGAAAGAAGGAAGGAAGGAAGGAAGGCAGGCAGGCAGGCAGGGCAGGCCUGGACUCUGGAGGGAGGACUGCUGUUGUAAAGGCUUCUGUCUUCUUCUCCUUUACUCCUCUUGGAGACUUGGGUAUGCGAGACUGACGCUCUCUCGAUCUUUUCUGUCUGCUAGUUCUUCUGUCCCUCGCUUUCUCUUUGUGUGACGACGAAGAAGAAAGCUGCUUUUGAUUCCUUCCUCCUCCGUUCCCGUCGUCUGUCCAUUCUACUCCAUUCCACUCCACCCCAUUCUAUUUCCCUUCCUUCUGCCUCUCCCUCCCAUAUCUUUUCUUUUCUGUUCUUUUCUUCUCAAUGUGGGCAGUCUGAUUCGGUUUCCGUGUCCCCCUUGUUGAGGUUUCUUCUUGUUGGACAUUGGUUGCGUGGUUCAUCGGUUAUCGUUCUCUGCGCUCUCCGACAGAGGGAAGUUGGCGCUUGAACUGGGGUUUGUACCAAAUCUGGUGUUGAGGAUCGUUCUGCAUUGACAAUCUGGGAGUAUCUGUUUCUUGCAAGUCGACCGAGGCGUUUUCGGUGGAGGUUGGACGAGAAGUGAAGGCUCGAUCCGGUUGAAAACCUUGAUCGGUACCGUAUCUGCAUUCUAAGACGAUGCCGGAACACACGGUUCGGGUUGGCGGUGUCUCACUUCGUGCCUCGGAACAUGACAUUCGGGAUUUCUUCUCCUUCUCUGGAGAAAUCACUCACAUCGAGCUUCAGAGAGAAGGAGACUGGUCACAGGUCGCGUACGUAACUUUCAAAAAUGCCGAUGCCCUUGAGACCGCCCUGCUUCUUUCGGGAGCAACGAUUGUGGAUCAAUCAGUGAGCAUCAUUCCCAUGGAGGGAUAUGUCCUGCCUCGUUCUCCGCACAGCGACGAUGAAUUGCAUGGAGAACCACUGAGUGCACCGGCACAGGAGAACAAGGCACAGGCUGUUAUUACAGAAAUGCUUGCAAAAGGAUAUCUGGUCGGCAAGGAUGCGAUGGCCAAGGCGAAGCAGUUUGACGAGAAGCAUGGAUUGACUGCUACAGCUGCGGCUACUGUAGUUUCAGUUGACAAGAAGCUGGGUUUGACUGAAAAAAUAACUGCAGGUACAUCUGUGGUCAAUCAGCAGUUGAAGGCUGUUGAUGAAAAGUACCAAGUUUCUGGGAAAACUAAAUCAGCUUUUGCUGUUGCCGAGGAGAAGGUGAAUACCGCUGGUUCUGCUAUAAUGAAAAACAGGUAUGUCUUGACUGGAGCGAGCUGGAUGGCCAAUACAUUCAACAAAGUUAAGAUGGCUGCAGGUGAAGUUGGUCAGAAAGUGAGAGAGAAGGCUGUCGUAGGUGAAACAACGCAUAGAGAGGAUCACGAUGAGCAUCCUUAUGGAGGGGAUGGUUACUCUAGAGUGCACACCGAGCCUGCAGCUGUCUCCUUGAGUUCAGCAGCUGACAACGCACCUCAGAGGUAUCCAAGUUCCCGUGGAUUCGAGGCCCCUUUGCAUGCAUAUUCUGGGUCUGCUGGUGGAGAGCCAACAAAACCACCACCAGCGCAAGGCUUGGUGCUCUAGGCAAGUUGCAAGUAACUUCCACUCGACAUAGGGAAAAUUAUUGUGUAAAUAGAAUUUUAUCUGUCCAUCAAAGUAAUAUCAUUUAGCUUGACCAACAUUUACACUGUUUACUUGUAUGACAGUCAUAAUUGUUUUGAAUGUAA